AAUAUAAUGCUCACUCUAUCCUCUACCAUCCACCUUUUCUUCACCCUACAUGUUAUUCACUCGUAAAAUCCAAAAUCAAGGUUCAUUUUCCCCAAUUUUUAUUUUUAAUUUUGUUUAAAUAUUAAUUUAUUCUUUUUCUAAAGAAAUUUAAUUAAAAAAAUAAAAAGCUUUCAUUCGAACUCAAAAUUAUACCCAAAAAUGUAAACUUCCCAGUCCUCCUUUCUUCUUUCAUUUCUUUUUUGAGCCAUUGGAAGGCAAAUAUAAUCAAAGCUAAAAGCUUAAAUAAUCACAACCCAGAUUUCAAAACAACUAGUUUGAUUCUUUGACCCAAAAUUUUUUUCCAAAAAAGAGGGAUGAAGAAGAAAAAAACCCCCUUUUUUGGUGGACGUUAAACACUUAAUGCAAUGGAGGUGUUUGUUAAAAAGACCAAAAGAAAAGAAAGUUUUAAAGGAAACCCAGACCAGGAAAACAAAUAUUGAGUCAGAAAACAAAGAGAGAAAAAAAAAUUGGAUUCGAUGGUGAUUGGGGUAGAAUUGGGUAUAGAAAAGAACAGAGAACGAUAUUGUGGAGGAGCUACCAUUGAUUUUGAUAACUAUAGGAAAGGUGGUGUGUUUUUGGAGAGAGUGGAGAAGAUUUGUUUAGCGGAAGUUGGGCUGCAUAGACAAGGAUGCCGCUUCAAGUCUCGCUUAGCAUGAGAAUUAUAACCAUAUCAAACAACAAUGUGUUUAUUGACUUGAUGAAGAUCACGGUGGCUGCUACACAUAUUUCGUAUAAGACCCUUUUCCAUACCAUUCUGAUCCUCACUUACUUGCUACCUUUUAGCUUCAUUCUAACCGCUUUUUUUACUCUUGAAGGUGUCGACAAGUGCUCCUCAUUUGAUUGUUUAGGUAGACGAUUAGGGCCAAGGAUUCUUGGUAGAGUUGAUGAUUCAGGAAGACUAGUUAAGGACUUAUAUAUGAUUCUCAAUCAAGUAAACAGUGAGGAAAUCCCAGAAGGACUAAAGCUUCCGGAUUCAUUUAGUCAUCUUGUUUCUGAUAUGAAGAACAACCAGUACGAUGCAAAGACCUUUGCAUUAAUGUUAAGAGCAACGAUAAUGAAACUUGAAACAGAAAUAAUGGAAUCUAGAUUUUCAGAGUUGAUGAACAAACACUUUGCAGUAAGUUCCAUUCCAAGAGGCAUCCAUUGUCUUUCUUUACGUUUAACUAAUGAAUAUUCAUCCAAUGCUCAUGCACGUAGACAAUUGCCUUCUCCUGAGCUUCUGCCUUUGGUUUCUAACAAUUCUUACCACCACUUUAUCCUGUCAACAGACAACAUAUUGGCUGCUUCGGUAGUUGUUACCUCUGCUGUCGAAUCAUCACUAGAACCUAGCAAGAUCGUCUUCCACAUCAUCACAGACAAGAAAACUUAUGCGGCUAUGCAUUCUUGGUUUGCAUUAAACCUCGUAUCCCCUGCCAUAGUUGAAGUGAAAGGUGUUCAUCAAUUUGAUUGGUUAACUAGAGAGAAUGUUCCUUUGCUUGACGUCGUAGACAAUCAUAACGACAUAAAAGAUUACUAUCAUGGCAGUCAUAUUACAGAGACAAAUCUCUCUGAUACUACUCGAAAAUUCGCUUCUAAAUUGCAGGUUCGAAGUCCAAAGUACAUAUCCUUACUCAACCAUCUUCGAAUAUAUUUACCCAAGCUGUUUCCGGACCUUGAGAAAGUGAUAUUUUUAGAUGAUGAUGUUGUAAUUCAAUGUGAUUUGUCUCCUCUUUUGGAGAUUGAUCUGCACGGAAAAGUAAAUGGAGCUGUUGAAACUUGUAAAGGCGAAGGUGAAUGGGUGAUGUCCAAACGUUUCAAAAACUACUUCAAUUUUUCCCAUCCUAUUAUAGCUAAGCAUUUAGAUCCUGAUGAAUGUGCAUGGGCUUAUGGGAUGAAUAUAUUUGAUCUUCGUGCAUGGAGGAAGACAAAUAUAAUAGAGACGUAUCAUCACUGGUUUAAAGAGAACCUGGAUUCAAACCUGACAUUGUGGAAGUUUGGAACUCUACCACCCGCUCUGAUUGCAUUUAAAGGUUAUGUUCAUCCAAUUGACCCGUCAUGGCAUAUGCUUGGCUUAGGCUAUCAGAGUAAAACCGAUAUUGAGAACGUGAAAAAAGCAGCUGUUAUUCAUUACAAUGGCCAGUUAAAACCAUGGCUGCCGAUCGGCCUCAAGCAUCUUCGGCCAUUUUGGACCAAGUAUGUCAACUACUCCAAUGAUUUUGUUAGGAAUUGCCAUAUUAUGGACUCCUAGUUAAACAAUUAGAGGACUAGAAUUAAAUAACCUCGGAACAACACACUAGCAAGUCAAGGUGAAAUGAAAAAUGGUUAAAUUGUUUGGGGUCCUUGUAUUAGGCUGAAGAUUAAAUUAGUCCAUUUAUUAUAAAAUUGAGCAAUUUAAUCCCUGUAUAUUUAAUUGACUUGUCGUGUUUUAAAGUGACAUUUAUUAAAAAAAGAAAAAUUUCUGUACAUUUAAAACAGGACAAGAACUAAAUUGCUCAUUUUCUUCUCUCAAGUCACUUUAAAAACAUGAUGAAUCAACAUCUUUUAAUGUUCAAUUUUGACCUAUUUGCUUUAAAAUUAAAUGUAUAAAGAUUAAAUUGCUUAUUUUUAUAGUAAAGGAGCUAAUUUGUUCAUAAACCUAUAGUGAAGGACCCUUCAAGUAAUUUAACCAAUGAAAACCGGGUAAGAGAUCUUUAACAUUUUGUAGGAAGGACUUCCAUUAUUAGCAUAGGGCAUGGAAUUCUAUUCUUUCACUUUGUAACAAAACAAUCAAUAUUUUAUUUAUUUAUUAUUAAUUUAUUUUCUAUUUGGAAAAGAAA